UUCAUUACAUCCACACGUAACACGUUAAAACAGUCCAAAAGAUGCACGACCACUCACUUUGUCUCCUAAUAUACACGUAUUUGACCAACAUUACAAGACUUAUCAAUUAACUUCUCUUCUUCUCUUCAUCUGAACGAGAGAUGAACUGUGGAGGAAAAGUGGUAUGCGUCACCGGAGCUUCCGGUUACAUAGCUUCUUGGAUUGUUAAGCUUUUGCUCCUCCGUGGCUACACCGUCAGGGCUACCGUUAGAAACCCAACGGACAAGGCGAAAACAGAACAUCUUCUUGCUCUUGAGGGUGCAAAAGAAAGACUUCAACUGUUCAAAGCAGAUCUUUUGGAAGAAUGUUCCUUCGAGCAAGCUAUCCAAGGUUGUGACGCUGUCUUCCAUACGGCUUCUCCCGUUAAGUACAUCGUCACGGAUCCUCAGACGGAGCUAAUAGAUCCAGCCGUAAAGGGCACUAUUAACGUACUUAAUACAUGCAAGAAAACUUCAUCCGUAAAAAGAGUCAUUUUAACAUCGUCCACGGCUGCGGUUCUUGUUCGUCCUUUGGAGCCAAACGACGUGGUGGACGAGACUUUCUUCUCUGAUCCAAGUGUCUGCACCGAAUUAAAGUUAUGGUAUCCACUCUCCAAAACUUUGGCAGAGAAUGCAGCUUGGCAAUUUACCAAAGACAAUGGAAUGGACAUGGUCGUGAUAAUUCCAGGAUUUGUAAUCGGGCCACUUUUGCAACCAACCCUUAAUUUUUCGGAUGGAUUCAUUGUGGAUAUGAUAAAUGGUAAAAACCCUUUCAACUGUAUAAACUACAGGUUCGUGGACGUGAGAGAUGUUGCCUUGGCUCAUGUCAAAGCGUUGGAGAUUCCUUCGGCCAAUGGCAGAUACCUCAUUGAUGGCCCAAGCAUGAUGACAAUAUACGAAAUUAGAGAGACUAUGCGUGAAUUAUUUCCAGAUUUGUGUAUUGCUGAUAUAUCAUUUGACUUUGUUUUAGGAAUGGAGAAAGUGAGAUGAAAGACAUCAUGACGAAAGAAAUUAUUUACGAAGUGUGUGUGGAGAAAGUGAAGAAUUUGGGAAUUGAGUUCACUCCUCUCAAGUCCAGCCUUACAGAUACUAUCAUUAGUCUCAAAGACAAAUGUCUCUUAUGAGAAUAUGAUCAUGUUUCAUAAAUGUAUUUACAACAUGUAUUACUGGAUGUAUUUAAACCCCAGAGAUGUUGCCUCUUAAUCUUAUCAAGUCAAAACACUCGUGGUACAUGCAGCUAAUGGUGAAUC